CGUCACACUGUAAACUCUGUCAAGAAUCUGGUAAGCGACAGCGAAAGAAAACCAUCCAGUUGAAAAAGCUCUCCCACUUCCCCCUCCCAAUUUUCUCCUCCACCUCACAUUUUCCAAUCCAAUGGAAAUCCCCUGCUUCGGAAUCGCUUUUUCCCUCCUCCUCCUCCUCCUCCUCCUCCACGCGCCUCUCCCCUCCUCCGCCGUCCCCGACAGCAUCUUCAUCCUCGCGGGGCAGAGCAACAUGGCCGGCCGCGGCGGCGUCCACAACAACACCGCCACCGGCGCCGUCCACUGGGACGGGAUCGUCCCGGCCCAGUGCGAGCCCAACCCAUCAAUCCUCCGAUUCAGCAAAGACCUCGUUUGGGUCCCGGCCCACGAGCCGCUCCACGCCGACAUCGAUUCCACCAAGACCAACGGGAUCGGGCCGGGCAUGCCGUUCGCCAACGCGGUUCUGACCCAGGACCCGGAUUCCGUCGGGGCGGUGGGCCUCGUCCCCUGUGCCGUUGGCGGGACCACCAUAAGUCAGUGGGCGAAGGGCGGGGCUUUGUACGGCGAGAUGGUGAGGAGGGCGACGGCCGCCGUGGCGGCCGGCGGCGGGAAUCUUCGGGGCCUGAUUUGGUAUCAGGGGGAGAGCGAUACGAAUAGCAGAGAGGACGCGGAGGGGUAUAGGGGCAGAUUGGAGACGCUAUUUUACCAUGUGCGGCAAGAUUUGCAGCUGCCGGCGUUGCCAAUUAUCCAGGUAGUGGCUUUGGCGUCGGCGGAGGGUCCGUACAAGGAGACGGUGAGGGAAGCACAGCUGGGAAUCAGCAUUCCGAACUUGGUGACCGUGGAUGCCGACGGGCUGCCGAUCCAACGCGACGGACUGCAUCUGACGACGGCGUCACAGGUGGAGUUGGGUCACAUGUUGGCCAACGCGUUUCUAAAGACCAAUUUCCGGAGUUCUCCGAUCAGAACUAGCCGGGGAAGCGGCGUCGAGGGCAGCAGCAGCAAUUCGCCGGCAAUUUCAGGGGUUUUGACAGUUCCGUUGUUGAUGUCAGCGCUUGUUUUUAGUUUGAACUAUAUGAUUAUGGCAUACUCUGUGGACUUGUAGCGGUGUGUAUUAUUUAUUGGGAAUUAUAUAUGUUGGGAGAAAAGAAAUAUCUAAUUUGGAUUGGAGGAUGAUGUCAACCCUUAAAAUAUGCUGACGACCUAUAUCUAUAGAACAUAUGAUAAACUGGUGGCAGCGUUCUAGGAUCACUUUCGUUUGAAUGGAUAACAAAAGUAGCCAAAUCGCAG